UUAUCUGGUUCUUUUAAUCUCCAGGUAUUACCAGCUACAUGCGUGGUCAGAUUGGCCCAAGCUCCAAGGAAAUGUCUUCACUUAAAGCCAUUACAGACUUCAUGAAAGAAAGAGAUGAAUUAGUUGUUGUAGGAUUCUUUAAAGAUGAAAACGACAAGCUGCUGGAAAAAUACCUGGAAGCCAAUGAUGACAUCAGAGACAAUUAUCCCUUUGCACACACCUUUGAUGCUACAGCUAAGAAGCACUUUGGCAUCACCAAGAGCUCUAUUGUGUUGUUCCAUCCUGAAAAGUUCAGGUCAAAGUUUGAAGAUAAACAAAUUGUGUUUAAGGGUGAAGAUCCCAAACCCGAGGACAUUCAGAAAUUUUAUGAGGACAACCGUAUUCCGCUGGUUGGUGAAAUGGACUCUCAUGACCAACAAAAGAAGUACACCAAACGGCCUCUGUGCAUUGUCUAUUACGACGUGGAUUUCGGUUUUGAAAACCGCGUAGCGACCCAGUUUUGGCGUCAAAAAGUGCUAGAGGUCGCCAAUGACCACCGUGACAUCACCUUUGCUAUUGCAAACGAGGAGGACUUUCAAGAUCAGCUCAAAGAUUUUGGACUGGAUGAUUCUGGAGAGGAGAUAAACGUUGGCUGCUUUGAUGAGAAGAACAGAAAAUACCCAAUGGAGCCCGAUGAAGAAUUCAGCGAAGAUAGUCUCCGUGAAUUUGUAGAGAACUUCAAAGAGGGUAACAUCAAGGCACAAAUAAAAUCGCAGCCGAUACCAAAGAAAAACACUGGCCCAGUCACUGUAGUAGUUGGAAAAACAUUCCACGAUAUCGUCAUGGAUCCUAAAAAAGAUGUUCUUAUCGAGCUGUACGCACCAUGGUGUGGACAUUGUAAGGCCCUGGAGCCCACUUACAAGAAACUUGGAAAGCAUUUUAAAGACGAGCCUAACAUAGUCAUUGCUAAAAUGGACGCUACAGCCAACGACGUACCCCCCGGGUUUUCCGCGGAAGGUUUUCCGACCAUCUACUUUGCGCCGGCGAACGACAAGAAGAAUCCUUUUAAACAUGACGGAGAGCGAGGAUUUGACGACCUGGUGAAACUUGUGGAGGAGAAAGCGACGGUAUCGCUUAAAAAAGCCGCUAAAGAAGAACUUUAAAAUUCUAGGUAGAAAACAUAUUUCGACCGUUUGGAACAUUUUGCAUCGCUAAAUUAAACAGACAAAUUGUGGGCAAGAAAUCCGUGCAACUGUAUAUUUUCCUGGACAUGGAGAGAGAAAAGUCGUAUUUUUUCAUCAACAAUGGAUUCUUGCUAGUUCUGGACAGGACGUAAAUCUACACUGUAGCUCCUCUUUUUUUUCGUUUGGGAAGAUGAGUAUAUUCACAAUGUAGUUGGCUAAUAAAACCACCUCGUACCGUAUC